GUGCUGCAGUUUGACGCUUUUGUUUACCUGUUCCGUGACGAGGAGUUGUUAACCGAAUUUUCUUCCUGUAACUUUUCCAAUUUGUCCACCAUUGAAGUUGAACAGUGCGCAACUUAGAACGUAAAGAGUGCCGAAAUAGUUUACUAGUUUGCAAAAUGUAUUGCUGCAUCCGCAGCUGCCCGGCCAAGUACGGUAAGGCUGCCGUUUCCUUUCACCGGUUUCCACAGAACAAUGAAACCCGUCGACAGCGGUGGAUCGAAGCGGCUGGUAGGGGCAAUUGUAUCAAUUACGACUAUGCGAUGAUUUGCAGUCGGCAUUUCGUUGGAGGGCGCCCGGCUCGGGUUUCCGACUGCGAUUCGGUCAGCUGGGUUCCGUCGCUACUGCUGGACAAUGGCAUGUCCGAUGAAGACGCAUUGGCUAGACGUCUGUCGGUUGACACGGGGGUGGUGGAUAGAGCUUCCAUCCAAAAUGAUGACGGAGAGGAAGUUAACUGCGCGGUGCGGGGUUGCGGAAUGACCAAGGAGGAAAACCCUUCGCUGUUGUUCUUUUCCGUUCCGCGAGAUGCGGGUGAUCGUCGGAAGUGGCUUGUGCAGAUCGGAAUGCUAAAUAAUGCGAUCGAAAUAAACAAGAAUAAUUUCCUGGCCGUUUGUGAAUUACAUUUCGACCUCGCAAAAGAUUUGCUCAAUUACGACGACGUAAUUACCAUGGGAAGUUCCGCCAUGCUACAGGAACACGUAAUGCCGACACGGAACAUCCCGACCGUGUUUGGUCACCAAAAGGUGCGCUUCACUCACGAAGCACCUGAUAACCCGACGUCGAUUAAGCAUGAAACUCAGAAACCGGAAGAGGAUGACGAUGAAGAUGAUGAUGAUGUAAUGUUGCUGGAGGAAAUGGGUGAGCGUAACGGGGAGGAACACGGGAUGCCGGAAUAUCCAUCGCAUAUGCAACCAAGCCCGGUAGAAGAGUUUGUACAGAUCUGUCGAUCCUGCUUGAGCACGGACAAGACGAAUCUCGUGUCUGCUUAUGAUGAUCGACUCGCUGAGAUAUUUUUCCAAUUUACAAAUGUUAAUAUUGACGAAAAUGACGGCAUUUCCACCAUGAUCUGCGUUGACUGCAAGUCUAGGCUGUUGGAUAUACACUUCUUCCGAGAUACUUGUGUAACGAACACGCAAAUCUUGAUCCAUCGCUAUCAGAAAUGCUACGGAAUGGCACCGGAUGGUGGAAACAAUGACCAGCAACAUAAUGAAAUCAUGCAAUACGAUGACGAAGAAGUCACUUCUCAAUAUGUGCAAAGUCCAACCAAGUACAAUCGCUACGACAUGGGAGCGGAUGAUCCGGAAGAUCUGCUGAUGCCGCAGAAGGAACAACUAGAGACGGUGUCGUGGAAACCAAAGCCAGGUAGACCGCGUAAACUAAUCAAACCGGAACCGGUUCCAUUGAAAAAACCUACGAAGGUAGUCCCGCAGAUUGCCACCAUGAAAAAACGAUUCAAGUGUAAAUUUUGCCGAAAGGAAUACAAUUCUCGACCAGGAUUUGAUAUGCACAUGGCAACUCACAAAUACCACAGCCAGAGUGAGUUCAUAAUUGAGUGUAAGCGGUGUGACGUCCGGUCGCGCAAGAAUGAAGUUCAUCGCUGCUACACGGACAUCCUGUACUGCUAUGUGUGCGGUGAGCAAUACCGCAAGUGGUCUUACCUAAAGCUCCAUUUGGCAAAAGUGCACAAGAUCAAAACCAAACGGCUAGAAUUGAUGCUAAAGCUUAAGGAGAUGGGCUACGUGGGCGGAUCCAGGGCAAAUGCUUUGAAAAUUCCUCCCAGUAACCGUCGCAUACCACAGGACUCGGAUAAUGAAGUCGAAAUAAAGGUUCCCGUGGAGGAUCCCGAUUCGGAAAAAUCCAACAGCGCCCACAGUGACAGAAGUUCCCCGACCGAUCUAAGGCCGAAAUGUAGCUUCUGCGGGGUAAGCUUCCGGCAGAACUCCUGUUUGGAAAUGCACAUGAAAACGCACAGCGCCAUCGAGCUGACUCAGUGCAAUGAAUGCGACUCGAACUUUAAUGCCUACAGGCACCUAGAGCGCCACCACGAAGAUCAUGAAGAUGAAAACCCACUGGACUCGAGUGUAAAAUGCCGGUUCUGUGGCAAGAAUCUGAAACGCAACCAAACACUACUGCUCCACUACCAGUACGUCCACAAGGACAAGGAUGUUGUUCAAUGCAGCACUUGUCCGCAGUUGGUUGAAAAUGCCACACAGCUCGCCAGGCACACUUGCAGUGGACAGGAGAAGAAUAUCUUAUCCUCAUCGGCAGCUACCGCCACAACCACCACCACCACCACCACCAACGGGGACUUUAUGAUUAUCCAACCGGAAUCGAUUCUCAAGGGCGCGUCCACUUCCAUCACAAUGAAUGACGACUCGAACUCGGUUCCAGUUGGGCUGCAUGGAGGAGACGGCGCCGAUCCGCUGCUCGGAUUGGGCAACGACGAGGUUAUUGAACUUGACUCCGACACCGACGACGACGACGAUGAAUCUAGCCGCGAAAAGCCCAGUUUUGAUUGUUCCGUUUGCGACAAGACAUUCGAAAAGGAGGACACCCUGGAUCGCCACAUGAAACUGCACCGUAUGAUGAGCGCUGCCAAGGCCAAUGAAAUUGGACUGCGGAAUUGCUUUUUCAGAGCUAUGAAUUGCCGCCCGUGAAGUAUCACAGCCCAGCUUCUAGGUAAGCCAAACUCAUCUAUUUUAAUUUGUCGCGUUCCGUAAUUGUGACAGUUGGAUCACUUUAAAAUAAACCGUAUGGUUUUGACACUCAAUUACACAAUUGUUAAUUGAUCAGUAUAAUACAAACAACACAAAUCCGCUUCAAAUUUGUUAUUUAAUAUAUUAUUAAAUUGUCAUGUAAACUUUUAAGACACAUUAAACAUCGCGUGCCCUCCAAAAUAUAAAAUGUC